ACACUCUGGACUGUUCUUUAAUCCCGUUUGUGGUUUGCAUAAUCUCAGGCGGACGUCAGCUGGUCAAUCAACGGAAUCCCCAAAGGCAUCAUCAAACAGUCCAUGGGUCAGGUGCCCAUCAUGGUGAAGUCCAAGCUGUGCAACCUGCACGGCUUGUCCCCCAAAAAGCUGGUGGAGCACCAUGAAGAAUCAGAGGAAAUGGGAGGCUAUUUCAUUGUAAAUGGAAAUGAGAAGGUUAUCCGUAUGCUGAUCAUGCCGAGGAGGAACUAUCCCAUCGCCAUGUCUAGACCCAAGUGGAGGAGCAGGGGGCAGGGAUACACUCAGUAUGGUAUUUCAAUGCGCUGCGUGAAGGAAGAGCAUACGGCCGUCAACAUGAACCUUCACUAUCUGGAAAACGGGACGGUGAUGCUGAACUUCAUCUACCAGAAAGAGCUCUUCUUCCUCCCACUAGGCUUUGCUCUUAAG